AGCCGGGUUAGUAAAGAUCCAGAAGGUUUGAUCGGGUCGCCAUUUAAGUUUCCCCUUUUCUCUUCACGACACGCACACACAUACACAUACACUCCCCCUCUCUCUACAAUGGAGCUUUGAAUUGGAUGUAACGGUACUAAAAAUUACAGCGACAAAUCUCCAGGAUUCGGAGCUCACUGACAAAGGAUUCCCUGUGAGUCAAAAUGUGUAAAGGAUACACGCGGGUUAAUGGGUCUAUGGGUUAUACCCGAAGUAUAAUGGGUCGAUGUAUAUAAUGUGUUAAAUGAUCUCAUUUGAAGACACCAAGAUAUUUUCUCAUCUGUAUUUCUCAGUUUCUCUUUCAUCUGGAGUUAGGGUUUUGUAUAGGGUUUGUUCAUAAAUCGUGAUCACAUCUAGAUCUGUAAUGUGAGAGUGUGAGUGAUUUUGUAGUGAGGUUUGAUUUGUAACCUGUUGAUGUAAACCAUCUGUUUCAUAGUGAAUGAAAUGAUGAUGUUGGGAAGAUCUUGUGUCGAUUACGUUUCUUUACAUGGUAUCAGAGCUUUGGCUCCUUCGAUGUUCUUGUGACGUUCGUUGAUUUGCGAUUGUUCGUCUCACGAUCGUACCGGUAAUUUCUGAACUCCUUUCUUCAUUUGUUCUUUGAUUAACGCAGUUGUUUGUUUAAUCAUGAGUUCGUGUGAACUCUGAUCUUCUAUUUCAUCAACUGUGUUCUUCUUAAUGUUCGGUUUGAUUUAGAGUUUUCUCUGGAAAAUCAAAUCGAACAUCUGUUUUCUUUUGGAUCUGGUAUUGCGAGAUUGUUUGUGAUCUUGUAGGAUACUUCUGUGAAGAUAAAAUCAAGGUUGUCUACAAGAUUGUUUGUGAACAAAGAUUAAGCCAAAUCGAUUAAUCUCUGAGUCUGAAAUAACUCACUAGGGGUCAGAGUUCAUCACUGAUAAACCCUAGCUGAGAACGGACAAAGAGAGUCGAUCCCUACUCUUGACUCAUCCUAAAAGGCUUUGUGAGCAAUUUCUUAUUCCUUUAUUUAGUCUUACAUAUUUGUUUUGUAAAGAUCCUGGUGGUCUGUGUGUGUGUUGAUUGGUUUUUCUUUGUAUAUCUGUUUUAUUUCUUCCUUUGUUCUGGUUGUCUUGGGCCCCGACAUACGUGGUGACCAUCUGGACAUAAGAUCAGUUCAGGGGCAAGUUUUCUUGAUUUCUUUCUUUCUGUUUUGGUUCAUUUGCUUCUAUGACGGGUGGCUCAACUGAUCCACCUAGUGGAAGUGGGAAGGAUGAUCAAAUUAAUUUUGAUGAUCCUCUCUACAUUCACCCUUCUAAUAAUGCUGUCACUUCUAUAAUUACAAUCAAGUUAACUGGUAAUGAAAAUUUUAGAUUAUGGAGAAGUUCUAUUUCUAGGGCUCUUAAGGCAAGGAAUAAGUUAGGCUUUGUUGAUGGUACUUGUAAAAAAAGCAGUGUUGAUGAGUAAAAAAAAACUAAAUGGGAUAGGGCUAAUGUUGUUGUUUGUUCUUGUUUGUUGUCUUCUAUUUCUGACUCGAUUUAUCAGAGUCAAGCUUAUUCUGAAGUAGCAGAGGAUAUUUGGGAAAAUCUUUUUGAAACUUAUAAUAAGUCUGAUGGAUCUGUUGUUUUUAAUAUACAUCAACAAAUUAAUUCUCUUAAACAAAAUGAUAUUAUUCUGUCAGAUUACUUCAAUAAGCUUGAUUCUUUAUGGAAAGAAUUUGAUGGUCUUACUAGUUUAACUGAGUGUACAUGUGAUGCUUUUAUUAAACUAAAGGAUCAUUCUAAUCUCAUGAAGCUUAUGCAGUUUUUAUCUGGACUUGAUGAUUCAUACAGUCAAGUCAAAAGUCACAUUUUAUUAAUGGAUCCCUUACCUAAUGUGAAAACUGCUUUUUCUAUUGUGUCUAGAGAAGAGUCACUUCAAAGAAAUGGUUCUUUGACUUCUCUUCAGGCUUCUCAGUCUGUAAAUAAAUCUCAGUCUUCUGCUUUAAAUAGCAAGUUUAAUAACAAGACUAAUUUUAAUAAGAAUAAGGGUCAAACUGUUCAAUGUAAGAAUUGUGGUAUUAAGGGUCAUACCAUUGAGAAGUGUUACAAAAUAAUUGGGUAUCCUAAGGAUUUUAGGUUAAGGAAUGAAACUAAUAAUCAGAAUAACUUUGUUAAGAAUUUUUCUGCUAAUAUUACUACCACUUCUUCUGGAAGUGCUAGUACUAAUAAUUUUUCUGGUUCUAUUGGUGAUUCUGAGUUUCAUCAACUUACUAAGGAUCAAUAUUUCAAACUCUUACAACUUAUUGGUGAUAAGCAAGUGAAUGAAGAAGCUUCUGUUAGUGCUAAUAUGGCAGGUACCUGUUUGUUUCAAGCUUUUAAUUCCUUUGUUGGUAGUCAAAGAUGGAUAGUUGAUUCAGGGGCUAAUCAACAUAUGAUUGCCUCUGAGUCACUACUCCAUGACACUGUGGAUGUGUCAAAAUUAGAUUUGCUGGUUUGUCAUCCCAAUGGUACAUCAGCUAAGAUUGAAAAAAUUGGUAACAUGAAUUUAUCUAAUUCUUUAACACUGUUUGAUGUGUUUGUUGUUCCUGAUUUCAAUGUUAAUUUGCUUUCUGUUCAUAAGGUCUGUAAAGAUAGUAAUUGUAAGGUUGUUUUUAAUGAGCAUAAUUGCAAAAUUCAGGAUUUACAAUCAAAGGUGACGGUGGGGAAUGGUAGAGAAUCUGGAGGUCUCUAUUACAUUAAUAGUGCACCUUUAGGUAGUCUGUCUAAUUCUUCUAUUUCUUCUUCUGUUUGUUGUGUGUCUAAACUAACUUGGCACAAUAGACUUGGUCAUCCUUCUGAUCAAGUUUUGAGUUCUUUGAGACAUAGGCUUAAGAUUGGAAGUGAAGUUCUUCCACCUUGUGACAUUUGUCAUAAGGCUAAACAAACUAGAGAAUCUUUUCCUGUUAGUCAACAUACUACUUCUAAACUUGGUGAGUUAAUUCAUUUAGAUGUUUGGGGUCCUUAUAAAGUGACAACUACAGAAGGAUUUAGGUAUUUUUUUGACUAUUGUGGAUGAUUUUACUAGGGCAACUUGGGUUAUUUUUUAAAGUCUAAAGAUGAAGUUUAUGAUUCUGUUCUUGUUUUCUUUAAUAUUUUGAUUAACCAGUUUAGUGUUAAAAUAAAGGCUGUUAGAUCUGACAAUGGUACAAAGUUUUUAAAUAACAGAAUGAGACAAUUAACUGAAUCAAAAGGAAUUUUGCUUCAAACAUCUUGUGUUCAUACUCCACAACAAAAUGGUGUUGUGGAGAGGAAACAUAGACACAUUUUAAAUGUUGCUAGGUCUUUAAUUUUUCAGUCUGGUUUGCCAAUUAAACACUGGGGAGAUGCUAUUUUAACUUCAGUUUUUUUGAUUAAUAGAACACCUACUUCAGUCUUAAAUGGUUCUUCUCCCUAUGAACUUGUUUAUAACUGUGCACCUGUUUUUGAUAAACUUAGGGUAUUUGGAUGUUUGUGUUUUGCCUCUAAGUUGAAUAAUAAUGAUAAAUUUUCUGAAAGAGCUGAUAAGUGUGUUUUUCUUGGUUAUUCUUCUGAUAAAAAGGGUUACAAAGUUCUUAGUCUUGAUUCUAAUCUUAUUUUUGUUUCCAGGGAUGUAAAGUUUUAUGAAUCAGUGUUUCCUUUCAAGCUUAAAACUUCAUCUUUAACUGAUAGUUCAGUUGUCACUGUAAAUUCAAAUGACCUAUUUUCCUAUGAUGAGUCUUUAGAUUCUAGUUUUAUUCUAGAUAAUACUAGAGCAGAUAGCCUGAGAAGUAGCCAUCAGAUGGAUGGUGCUAAUGCAGACCAGGACCAGGAUGAGACUUGUCCUUUUAAUGUCAGCAACCGGACUGGUGAGGCAAAUGUGCCUCCUUCUGAUGUGUUGUUUCCAAGCUCUUCUGCAUUAACUGAGGAAAAUGAUUCAAUUAAUUCUAAUCCUUCUGAAAGUUUGUCAACUAGGAUCACUAGAUCUGGAAGGAAUGUUCACAUGCCAGUUAGAUUUAGUGAUUAUGUUGUAAAGGGUAAACAUAAAUAUGGUAUUGAAAGAUCUGUAAAUUAUUCAGCUCUUAAUACUGAGUCUUUCUGUUUUAUUUCUAAUCUUAAUAAAACAGUUGAACCUAAGACUUAUCCAAACUGGAUCAAAUCCAUGAAUGAGGAAAUGGAAGCCCUCUAUAGGAAUAAUACUUGGUGGUCAAUUGGGUGUCGUUGGAUAUAUAAAAUUAAAUAUAAAUCUAAUGGUGAUAUAAAAAGAUAUAAAGCUAGACUUGUGGCUAAAGGAUACAAUCAAAGGGAAGGAAUAGACUAUGAGGAGACUUUUUCUCCUGUGGCUAAAAUUGUAACUGUUCGUGUGGUAAUAACACUGGCUGUGAAUAAUUCUUGGCCACUUUAUCAGGUAGAUAUUAACAAUGCUUUUUUAUAUGGAAAUUUAUCUGAAAGUGUAUAUAUGUGUCAACCUGAGGGAUAUCAUUUUAAAGAUGAUAUCAGAGUUUGCAGAUUGUUAAAAUCUCUUUAUGGGCUUAAACAAGCCCCAAGGAAGUGGAAUGAAAGGUUGUGUUCUUCUCUAUUAAGUUUUGGUUUUAAACAAAGUAUUAAUGAUUAUUCAUUAUUUGUUAGACAGUUUCAAAAUACUUUUGUAGUCCUACUUGUUUAUGUGGAUGAUAUUAUUCUAACAGGUAAUGAUGAGUCUGAGGUGAAUAAUGUUAAAACUUUUCUUAAAUCUCAUUUUUUAAUUAAAGAUUUAGGAGAGUUGAAAUAUUUCUUGGGUAUUGAAGUGUUAAGAACUGAAAAAGGAAUAUGUUUAAAUCAAAGGAAAUAUUGCAUGGAACUACUUCAUGAGUUUGGUAUGCUAGCAUGUAAACCAGUUAAAACUCCACUUGAACCUAAUUUGGUUAUAAAAAGGGAAUAUGAAUUGGAAAAAUCUGAUUAUUUAGUUAAUAUUACUUAAUAUCAAAAACUUAUUGGUAAGUUGAUUUAUUUGACUGUGACUAGGCCUGAUAUAUCUUAUGCUGUGCAAAUAUUAAGUCAAUACAUGCAUAAACCUUAUAAGUCCCAUGUUAAUAUUGCUUUCAGACUUUUGAGAUAUUUGAAAAAUAGUCCUGGUAUGGGAAUACAUAUAAUUAAGUCUAGUAGUUUAGAUUUGAUUGGGUUUGUGGAUGCAGAUUGAGCCAAAUGCUUGUUUAGUCGUUGAUCUGUAACAGGUUAUCUAGUAUAUCUAGGAGGAUCUCUUGUGUCUUGGAAGAGCAAGAAACAGAGUACUGUUUCUCGUUCAUCCACAUAAUCAGAAUAUAGAGCAUUAGGAAGUAUAACUUGUGAAUUAAUAUGGAUUUUAAAAUUACUUCAUGAUUUAGGUAUUAAAACUAAUUUACCUGUAGACAUUUUUUGUGAUAAUGAAUCUGCAAUUAAGUUAGCUUUAAAUCCUGUAUUUCAUGAAAAAACAAAACAUUUUGAAAUUGAUCUUCAUUUUGUCAGGGAAAAAAUUGAGAAUGGAAUUUUAAAAGUAAAUAAAAUAGUAUCUUCUAAUCAAAAUGCAGAUAUUUUAACAAAGUCACUUGGUAGUGUUCAACAUGAAUACAUUGUAAAUAGACUUAAUAUGAUUGAUGUUUUUAAAAGGUGAUAAAAUAUUUUCAAAAAUUAAUGUUUAGUUUGAGGGGGCAUGUUGAAAAGAGUUAAUAAAAUAUUCAAACUUAAACAUUAAUUUGUUAGUUAAUUGGUAAAAGUGUUAUACAAUAUAUUUGUGUGUAUAUUGUGUUAAGUUGUAAUGCAGGUAAAGGAUACACGCGGGUUAAUGGCUCUAUGGGUUAUACCCGAAGUAUAAUGGGUCGAUGUAUAUAAUGUGUUAAAUGAUCUAAUUUGAAGACACCAAGAUAUUUUCUCAUCUGUAUUUCUCAGUUUCUCUUUCAUCUGGAGUUAGGGUUUUGUAUAGGGUUUGUUCAUAAAUCGUGAUCACAUCUAGAUCUGUAAUGUGAGAGCGUGAGUGAUUUUGUAGUGAGGUUUGAUUUGUAACCUGUUGAUGUAAACCAUCUGUUUCAUAGUGAAUGAAAUGAUGAUGUUGGGAAGAUCUUGUGUCGAUUACGUUUCUUUACAUCAAGUUUUUAUGUCCAAUGUUCUUCUGUGUGCUUAUUAGGCUGAAAUGUAGUUGCAGAAAUCAUAUUUGUAUUUGAUUUGGAUGAAGCAGUAAACACAGAAGAAGCCUCUGAU